ACCUCCUUUCCAGCCACGUGACUGAGCGCUCCCUGCAUCAAGUGAAACUUUUCAGUCCCCAGACCUUGAUUUCCCUUCCACCUGGCUCCACGGUGAGAAGCUUCAUCUCUCAAGCCUGCAGCUGUGCUGGCCAUGGGGAGGAGCACACGGCAGUUCAUCUUGCUGACCUUCACUUGUGCAUUUUCCUCCUGUUUUGCUGAAGUGGCCCUGGGGGCCGAGCUGUCUCCAGGAACCGUAUCCUUCUACCAUACGGCUACUUCUGCUCAGCCACUUUCCCUUUAUCAUCCUUCACCCCAUCAAGACAGCACCGUUCAUUUUAACAGCACCGGCUCUCCUAAAACAACACCCACAAGCCACAGAACAACUGCACAGCCAACAGACCAGCACCAGGCCACAGCAGCACCAGGCCAUCACACGACAGCCCAGGCAGGAGCAGCCACCGUGCGCGUGACCAGCCAGGUAUCUCCCAUGGUGACAUCUACAACAUCAGCAGACGACACAACUGCAGCUGGUCAGGCUACAGCCCAGGCAAUGGAAACGGUUACACCUGCAGUGGUGAACACAACCAUACACCCUACGUCCUCCAGCAGGGAAGCUGGAACAGGUGUGAGCACAGAAAUAACAGCAGCAGCCACAAAUGCAACCAUAAACCAUACAACACCAAACACGCAACUGACAGCUACUGCCACGACUACCGCAGCCACCACCAUGCAAACUGUAAAGCCUGCCACAGGGUCAGGAAAUCAAACAACAGUGCCCAGAACUCCAACAGCCACAGCCACGACCAACACAACAACUGUUUCUCCAGCAACUCAAACAACCAUCCCACCUACUACGACGACAGCCAGACCCACUUUAGCACCACAGCCUUCUCCCAUCCCCACUGGCACGUACACAGUUUCCAACGGGACCAGGACCUGCAUCAAAGCGGCCAUGGGUUUGCAGCUGAUGGCUCAAAAUUCACUGAAGAAGCAGAUGGAGUACAUGGUGGUCAACCCCAAUGAGACACAGACAUCUGGGAGCUGCGGGACGGUGCAGGCUGAGCUGAGCAUAACUUUCAGCGGAGGGUUUAUAAACCUCACCUUUGCAAAGCAAGCUCCAGUGUACUACGUCAGUAAAAUUGAGUCCAGAUUACAGUUAUCUUCCGAAGGUAUGCUUUAUUAUGCAAGCAUACAUGAGAAGCUGUUUACAACAAAGCUGGGGAAUUCUUUUAAGUGUGCCAGCAAGCAAACCUUCGGCUUGGAGAAGGGCUUCCAGCUGCUCUUUGUUAAUAUGCAGCUGCAGGCAUUCGAUAUUGUUGGUAACCAGUUUGGAAAAGAAGAAGAAUGUAUUCCUGAUAAAAACAGCAAAGCAGCUCCCAUUGCAGUGGGCCUGAGUAUCCUGGGAUUGUUUGUCAUUGUGUUUGCCACUUUCCUGAUCUCCAGAAGAAAGCCGCAUAGAGGAUAUGAGCGUAUCUGAGGUGCCCUUCUUCCGAAUGUGCGCAGCCAGCAGAGAAGUCAGAGGAGUUUUAGCUUCUGUCUGACAAUCUCGCUGGCCUGAAGCCACAUUUUCAAGUGGGAUGACACCAUGUGCUUAAAGCUAGUGGAAGUUUCUGGAAGCGAUUUCUUUAAGGUGGGAAGGAGAGGACUCACACUGUCUACUUUAAGCUAUUCUUAGCAUCUAAUUUAGAUGUAGUCCAGACAACGAAAGUGAGGGGCCCAAGUUCUUUAUAUUAUUGACAAAGGAGGCAAUUCAGACCACCUAAGUCAGAUGCCUAACAAUAGCUUAAAGCGAGCUGUAUCACUAUCCCCCAGAAAAUCCAUCAGGUUUGUUAAAGAUAGCAUUUAGAUUUAUUGAAAUAGAUGAGUCCAGUAAUGCAACCUUCGUGUGUAUAAACCAGAGGUCCGCAGCUACAGACAACCCCGUUAAAUCAGAGCUCAGUGAAAGCCUUGCGGGAACACUGUGUGUGCUGAAGUCUCGGAGCAAGUGUAAGUGUGACGUCCCUUCACAAGCAAGUUCUCACCAGCCCUACAACAGGGUUACACUUCCUCAGUUCGUGGCUUUUUCCUGCGAAGCCCUUCACAAGGACACAGUGGUAAAUAUGUGACUCUUACUCUGGAGGCAGUAUUUUUAGAAAAUUUUCCAGUUUCCAGUGACUGUGUAUGCAAAUAAGGGAAGAUUACCCAACUGAGGUCAUAUAGGGUCUGCCUGACCAGUAUGUGCCAAUGUUAUUGCUUGUCAUUGCUCGUCUCAGCCUUGCUGCAAAGAUGUCUGAACUUCUGGCCAAUAGUUCUUGAACUGCAGCCUCCUAAAGCACAGCAUGUCAGAACAACCUGAUGCUGGUAAGUUUAUCCUUAGGUGUUAUGCUGCAAACUGCGCGAUUCUAGAGCUGACAGGCGGGCAGCUGAGCUGUCUGCGCAGCAGAACUGGGCAGGCAGCUGGAGGCAGUCACUCCAUCCAUCUGCCACGCCUGGCCAAGCCACCCCGCUCGCCGGUGGGUGCUCCGGGCACAGCAUCCCUUUGCCACGUGUGUGCAACCCGACAUGGAGAGAGCGAACACGAGGGUCUGAAAGCACAGUGACACGUGGGCUGGUACUAAGGGUGCCAGUGCGAUGGAUGGGGACUGGCGUGAAUGUCCUUGAUAAAUUCAAGGAAUUUAAUAUUUCAUGGUCUUGCUAGAGCUCAUGAAUCACCCGCUUCCUAUUCAGACAUGGACCUGUUACAGUGACCGCCACUGAACUCAGUAAAUCUGCCCCUCUGCUGAGAUGGCAGCACUGUGACCUCUCUUCAUCUGGGAAGACACCACGCUCAUGGAAAUGCCAGGGAUUCAGUGGCCACACUUCUGGCAGACCUGCACAAGGUCCAUGAGCAAAUGCAAGUCCACUGACGCUGUAAGUUCAAGGGUUCUGUGGGAAAUAAGGGCUUGCGCAGCCUCGGGCAAACUCUGCCCAGGAGAGAACGCUACCAGUGUGCUUCCAGCUCAGCGGCUGGAUUUUCAUAUGGAAAUAAUUUGGAGUUGCUUUAAAGCACAGUAAUUGAAAUACUGUGUAGUCUAUUUCCUGCUAAGACAAUGAUGAAGGCAGGAAAGUAGUAAUUGCUUGUGAGAUUAGGUUCAGCUAAUGUUCCCUGUUGUAACAAGGAAAACCUUGUCACAGAAGAUUUACAAAGCUGAACCUAUGCGCAAAUGUGCACAGACACACACACAGACACACACGCAUGCACCAUGCAAUCUGUUCACUGCAAAAAAUUACAUCAAAAUGAUAAGAAAUUAUAUCUAAAAAAAUUUACAAAAGAGAAAAUAAUAUCAAAUAAGAGCACACUUCCCCCUUAGGAGUUAGGGCAAUGGCUUAAAUUUUACCUGGAAAAGGACUAUGGAGUGGUACCCAUUAAACAAAAGAAAGACUGAAGUCAUCUGCAAAAGUUCCAUGUUGUUAAUUUAAUCUGGACCUAAACAAAAUAGAAAUGCUGGGAGCUAAUUUAAUUUCCAUGAAUAAUAGACCAGAUCCUGAGCAAUUAUUAAUCGUGAUGGAACCUCAAUGGAUUUUCACUGGGUAAAACUGAUGAUAGUAUCUUGUGAGGUUAAUUUCCCUUAAGUAUUUUUAAAUAGUUUUGAUAUUUUACUAGUAUGUAACCAUUGAGAAAUUACUUAUUUAAAUUAGGAAAGGAAAGAAAUCCCUCCGUUCCAUGAAUUACUAAAAGAUGCUGGUCUGUGUCAAGCAGGAAACAUGGUCAUAUGGUUCCAUAAUGGACAUAAUACAUAGCUGUGGAAGUAAUUAACAGUCUCCAGAAAUUUUCCCUUUGAGUCUGAAUGAACCAAUAAAUAAGAAAGAUAAAUACCUUUUUGAAGCACCUUUGCACUUGGAGAAACAUAAGACAGAAGUCAGAAUGAGCUGCAAGCGACGGAGGCAGCUGAAUAUGAUUAUAAGGUAAAGUGGCGCAAGAAACAACACCUAACUCCCAAACCUUUAAUACGGAUACAGUGAUUUGAACUGUAUUCAGUUGAAUACUCACAUUGAAAUGUAUUUCAAUUAUUUUUUUUGUAAAAGACCAGCACUGUUAACAUCGCUUAGUGAACUUUACCUAGCUUAUUUUCACCUCCCUACCUUUCCCCACAGUGAGUGGACAAGCAGCCCACUGAGCUCAGUGGCAUUGAUCACGCCUUUGGCUUAAUAAAAUCCCUCUAAGUUCUCAGGGUUAGUUAAUACUAUUAAUCUGUUGUUUAGAAAGCAGAUUUGUAUACUUGAUUAAAGCAAUCACCUUUUAAAAAACAAAAGAAUUGAUGAGAUGUCCAGUGGGAAAGGUAAAUGUGUAAAGAGCUUCCCUUCAAAAAUGAGCCUAUAUAUGCAAUAGUGAUGUUACUGUCCCCAACAGUUACAUGUGGACAUUUUAACAAGAAGGACCUAAAAAGCUCAGGACCGCACAUGAUCUGAGCCUAAGCUGUUCUGACUGGUGAUCAAUAGUCACCUUUCCCAUUCAAAACUAUGUCCUAUUUCAUGUGUUCUUUGGAUUGUUGGGUUUUAUGAUCUAUAUAGUACAGUUACUUCUACUAAUACGAUACCAAGCAUUUUCUUGUGAUGUUCUGUACUGAAAAAUCUCUAUGUUUGAUUCAUCCUCAUUGAUAUCAAUGUUUGAUAUCAACAUGAGGAGAGAAAACUGUUCUUUAUGACUGAUAAUUCUGUGUUUAAUCCUCUGACACCCUCUGGCAUUUUUACUGAUGAUGCAAGGUUAAUGUCUUUUUCCCCACACAUUUUUCUUUCUACAGUGAAGCAAACUUGUUAUUGAACAAUGUUUGGAUUCAGGUUUACCUGAUUUGUUCUUACGCUUUCUAUUGCUAUUAUGUUCGCUAUUUUUAUGAGGCUGCAUACUGCCCGUUCUAGAUAAAUAAAACCCUGGGCUUGCUCUAGACAGCACGAGUGAAGUGCACAUGGUAUAAACCGAUGAAACAAUUGGAUGCUCCCAUGAAACGUUGCCAAAAUGCAGCAAAAUUAAUCCAAUGGAGUUAGUGCUUUACAUUCAUAGAGGAUCCAUUGGAGAAUUCCUUUCUGCAUGAGGAGAUCCCAGCCCCUAAGUGCAACCUUUCUCUUCCCUGCAGCCCAGCCUGCGUGCCAUCACCUCCUUCCCUUCCCUGACCACAAACCACACCAACAGCCUGCAAGCGGGGCUGCGUGCCAGCGUGCCAGCACAGCAGGGAGGGCUGCCUCUCUGAAUUUAGUGCUGAAUUAGAAUUAGAUGGCCCAGCUGCUCCCUGAGUUGUCAUGUGCAGCUUUUAAAGCUGAUGCCUGUAUUUUCUGCCAGAAUUUAGGUAGAUAUUUGGCUGACACUUUGCUAUCUAAGGGAGCUGCUUGAAGGUCCUCCUCCCAGUGGGGAGGCUCUACAGGUGUAGUUGGUCAUGGUCUUGCCAGAGUUUCUCUUUUAAGUAUCUUGUCUGAGGAAACAUUUUGAGCAAAAACUCCUUAAAAGAGCACCAUACAAAGGAGAAGCUCUUAUGGUAAACUAGUCAUACACUAGCUGGGCCAUAAUAGUUGUAAAAUAGGGCAGCAGUGCACAGCUUCUUUGCUUCCUGUCAAUAUGGAUGUAAAUUAAAACUGUAUUUUCUAAGGCUGGCAGAUUGCUUCCCUUCCAGGGCUGCUCUUUGCCAUAGUCAGACCUUUGUUCAGUAACUUGCUCACUGCUUGGGACAAGGGUUUACCAGCCAACCUGCCCUAAAAAUCUGCAUGCCAAAACCCUUCAUAUGGUCAGCAUGAGCACGUAUACCCAGAGAGCCGAGAGAAGGGUGCAGUCUGCUGUGGGAGGGGACGUGGCUGCAGCUGGGUCCCAGAGUGACCAGCAAUGUGUGAGACCAGCAGCCCUGUCAGCCGGGGAACAAAAACCCAGCUACACGAAGCAGAUAAGCAGGUGCUUCUUCAUUGCAGCGCUGGGUGCUAGGUGGCAUCUCCACAAAUCAAGCACACUCUGUGCUGAUUUCACUGUUACAUUUAUACACAAAAAUUACAAGGUACUACGCUCCCAGUUACAAUGAUUGGUUAGUGAUUUGCAUAUAAUUAUAAUAUGUGUCAUUCUCGUCUGUUACUACACUUGUGCAGAGGAAGGGUCUUCACCGGGGCAAGGGUGGUCUUGACCUAUAGGUGUGCUUUUUAGUGUUAUAAUGAAGGUAGUUCACUUCAGAACACCUUAGAAGUAAGUUUUGUUGCCGAGUGUCCAAUAUAUAUCCUAUAUACAGUAGAACCUAGGUGCUCUGGUUAUGGUCUGGAGAGUAAGGACUAAGGCUAGCAUGAUGCAGAGAAUAGGGACUUCAAGUAACAGCCUCUGAUAACAAGCAGCACAGCAACCCAUACAUCAUUGGUCAGUAAGUGCUAACACAAUGCUAACGUAGAGGCUAACUUCUUAAAAUCAAGAUAUUCCUAUAGCUAACUGUUUCACAAACAAACACAAAAUAUAGAAGGAUUCAGUAACACUUAAGACAAUCUGCAACAGCCCCAGCUCACUUUUUCCCCCAGCUGUGGAUUCAGAUGGGUUGCAUCCCUGAAGAAAAUACUGAUCGUGAUGUCAUGAUGCAUCCCAUCAGGGAAGCUAUGCUUAACUUGCUUGUAAGCCUGUGCUGGUCGGGAUGCGGUGGGGCCACUCACAGUGACCAGGAGGUGAGCACAGCCCCGCAGCUCCCCAGUGCCCUGCCGUAGCUCUCGGCCCAGACCACUCACUGUGGUCUCUUGCACACCCAAGGCAGGUAUGAGGGCAUCCCAUGAGCAUGGCGAUGUCAGACAAAUUGCCAAGAAGUUGAUAAAGCAAGAUUUAAUUUCUGCCAGUCCCUUUAGCUCUCUGAUGGAAAAGCCCAAAUUAAUAAACAGCUGUUAAUUGUGUUUGAAAGAGGAAGAGAGAUGUAGUUCAGCAUCCUGAGUGGAUGAAGAUGGUUUGGUUGAUCACUUCUAGCUUGCUAUAAUACAUGGUUGAUAAAAAAUAAUUUGCUAUGAAAGUAAGAUAUGCUCUUUAUUUUUCUAUUAUUGGUGUUUCUAUAAUAAAGGUUGUAUUUAGUCAUGA